AUGGCGACGUUUGAUCUAUACAGGAGAUCAAUGAUAGGGAUGUGUUUGACGGAGACUUUGGAUGAGAUGGUUCAGAGUGGUACCUUGAGCCCUGAGCUAGCCAUCCAAGUUCUUGUUCAGUUUGAUAAGUCCAUGACUGAAGCUCUCGAGAGCCAAGUUAAGACCAAGGUGUCUAUCAAGCAGCCUAGUAGAAUAAACAAUCCACCACCGACGUUGUGUUCUUCUACCCACCGUUCUGCGAAAAACCGUAUUGGUCAUGCUCUUAGGAGUAGCUGGGGAAGAAGAGAAUCUGAUCACAAAUGCCAAAGAAAAGCAAUUCUCUGGCAGUGA